AUGACGGCAAAGGAGGCAGUACCGAUGGCAGUAAUAGUGGGCAGACCACUGAUGAUGGUAGCAAGAAUGGGGGAAGUACGGAUGGUGCCAACAACGGAGGAACCACCGAUGCUAGCCAAAGCGGCACCACUGAUGGUAGCAACAAUGGACAAGACGGUAAUGGCGGCAAAAACGGGAAAGGCAGUAAUGGUGACAAAGAUGGUAAUGGUGGCAACAACGGCGAUGGCACCAAUGGCGACAACAAUGGAAAUGGACCACAAGUCGCUCCAGGCGCUAACAGUCACGGAGGGCAUCCCGAUAAAGCUGGUUCCAUUGGCGGAACUGACUCUAGUUCGUCGAGCAGUAUAUCAACAACGCUGA